AGCUUCGUCAGCUCAGGCGCGCGUGCCCGAUCCGAGCGGAGGGGACAGCUCCCAGGUGCUGAAACCGGUCGGGCGCUCCACAGACAGACGGAAGAGGGGGAAGAGCGACGCCUGCAAUUUAGACCCAAAUAUAAAUAUAUAUAUAUAUAUAUAUAUAUAUAUAUAUAUAUAUAUAUUGUAUAUAUAAUACAACACCGCGUUUCUGCAAAACCCGGGCAGGUGCAGAUAAGAGCCGAGGCCUUCGAAAAGACAGAUGGCUGCCACUCAGGAUGUGAAAGGGAAGGGAGAGGGAGGGGACCAAAACUUUGACUAUAUGUUCAAGCUGCUGAUCAUCGGCAACAGCAGCGUGGGCAAAACGUCUUUCCUGUUCCGCUAUGCAGAUGACGCCUUCACUUCGGCUUUCGUCAGCACGGUGGGCAUCGACUUCAAAGUGAAGACGGUGUACAAGAACGACAAGCGGAUCAAACUGCAGAUCUGGGACACGGCGGGCCAGGAGCGCUACAGGACCAUCACCACCGCCUACUACCGAGGGGCUAUGGGCUUCAUCCUCAUGUACGACAUCACCAAUGAGGAGUCCUUCGGUGCCGUGCAGGACUGGUCGACCCAGAUAAAAACCUACUCGUGGGAUAAUGCACAGGUGGUGCUGGCUGGGAAUAAAUGUGAUAUGGAAGAGGAGAGAGUGGUCUCGGUGGAUAGUGGCCGGCUGCUGGCAGAACAGCUGGGUUUUGAGUUCUUUGAGACAAGUGCCAAGGACAACGUCAACGUGAAGCAGACCUUCGAACGUCUCGUCGACCUCAUUUGUGACAAGAUGUCCGAGAGCUUGGACGCUGACCCGGCCGUCACCACGGGGGCGCCCACCGCCAAACUCACAGACACUGCUCCGCCCCUGCAGCAGUCCGGAUGCAACUGUUAGUAACUCUCCCCGGACUACAGUUCCAACCUGGUUCAGUAGUAGAAUUACAAAAUGCUGUUGUAUUAUCUCUCAACUUUAUCACCUUAUAUCAAGAGCAAAUAACCAGACAAACAGACGUGGCUAAUGCAAAACGUGUAACAUUACAGGAUAUCUAGAAUAUAGAGGCACUAUUGUCCUUCUUUGGCUAGUUAGUACGGUCAUAAUAAGCCAAGUAUGUUUGAUAAGGCUGAAUAUAGUACGUAGUCAUACUGUACAGUUAAUCCCAAAACCUUUAAAAUCUUUAAAAUCUAAAACAACAAUAAGAUGAGGGAUAGAAUCAACGAGUGCUUUUUAAUUAUUAUUUUAUUUUUAAGUUUUUGUACAGUAUGUUGUUUUUUUCUGCCUUUUAUAGGUUUAUUUUCUCCUAAAGCUGCCAAAUCAGUGAUUUAGUGCACUAUAGGAUGUAGCGGAUUUGUUUUGUGUAACGCGUGUGCGUGGUCUUGUGAGUGAGUGUAGGUUGGCAUGAGUGUGUGUAUCGCGUCUGAGUCACAAAUGAGUGAAACUUAGCCAUCUUAAAAAAAAAUCAUCUACCUUGGAAUUAAAAAGUGGCCUUUAAGCAUCUCCAGCACGGCCUCUGUAAGUCCCCCAUGUCAGUCCCUUACUUUUGGAAUGAAUCCAGUAUGUAUAACGUUGAUGUAAGUACUACUCCAUGUUUCGCUGUCCGUAGAUGUGUGAUUUCUCUGGUGAGUAAAGUGACUCUUUAUACGUGCUUAGCCUCCAAGAUGACCCUUUAUAGUUUUAUGCGAUGAGCAUGCUGCCAAAAAACAAAAGUCACUCAUAUUUGCUGUUUCAUUGAACGAUAAGCCUUACCCGAAACCCGAACCAUCCUCCACCCCCAUAUGAUCGCAGUGAUCCAGCGCUCCAUCAAAUAAAGCUCCCAACAUUAACGAGACACAGUGCAGUGCUAAUCAACUCUGGCGUGGAAUGAACAGCCAUAUAUAAAAAGUUAUAUUUCAUUUUUGCGUCGGCGUGCUAAAGUUUCCUGUUCGUGCUAUGAGUUCAAGUCACUCCCGAAAAAAGAAAAAUCCCUGGGGUACUUAGAAAAGAUCAUACUUGCGACAUGCAGUAGUUUAAAAUGGGAAGCUUCCCCUAGAUGGCACAUACAGUGAAGUAAAUCCAUAAAGUGAAAAUGCACAAAGCCUUUUCAGUUCUGCAAUUGAUUAAAAAAAAAAGUGCCAAAAACAUGAACAUUUCUUUAGCAUCAUCAGUUGUUUGUUGCAUAGUUGAAUACAAGCCCCCCUACACCCCCGCCCCCCCCCAAAAAAAUUGCAUGAAGUCAGUCCAGACUUGUCUAUGUAGAUUUAUAUAAUAAGAUAGUGUAUAUAUAUCACUCUAUGUUACAGAUUUUAGGAGCAUCUCCACGGCACUCGCUGUGUGAUGCAAUGGGCCAAUAAGUGCAAUAUUUUAUGAAUUAAACCCUGUACAUAGUUUCUCCUGUCCUCGAGUACGAUGACUGUCUGCAAGUGUGUGAGUGACAGUUUGGUCAGAGUGGCUCUGGAACUGAUGUACAAUCUCUAAAACAAAAAGAGGGAGUGUGUGCUGCAGCCACUGAAUGUGUGCGUGCGUGCAUGUGUGUGUGUGUGUGUGUGUGUGUGAGCGUGCAUGCGUGUGUGAGCGCGUGUGUGCGUGUGCGUGUGUGUGUGUCUGUAGGUGUGUGUGUACCUGCCAUACUGAAGAGACAAAUUACGUAAUAUAUUGUAUUGUUUGUGUAUAACUUUUGUACAAAUGUAUUCACGUACUAAAUGCUGUUCCUGCUAACUGUUGGGUGUUGAUUGAACUUGUAUUAUCACGUCAAAUUGCAGUGUUGUUGUGAAAGAUAACUUAGUAAGGAAGAUAACUUAAGUCCAUGCCAUAAGGCCACACUGAUGUUACUCAAAAUAAUAAUUUCAAAAAAGGGAUACACAUAAACUACUUCAGAGAUCCUGCGCAUAUGUGUGUACACGUGCUUGGUGCGUGUGCAUCUGUGUACCUGUGUGUGAUAUUAUGAUUUUGUGCUAAUAGCCAUGAAAUAAAUUAUUGUAAUGAUCUAACAUCACAACAAGAUUGAUUUCAUGGAGGAAUUGUUUCACGUAGCUGUUCUGAAGCUCAAACGGUCGCUCUGGUCAAAUCCCAUAUUAGAAAAACUACGACUUCACAUGUAACUGAAUAUAUUUGUUUCUUGGAGUGCAAGCAAAGUAAGAGGUUUUGUUUUUUGAGAUUAUAGGAAAUAAAUCAGAUUCUAUCAGUG